AUGCUUCCGUUUAUCGGUCUUACAGUCGUUAUCUUGCUCACCGCGCUCUACGGCAAUGUCCACGCUAUUCGCCUUCCCAGUGCCGAUGGUAAACACAAGUACAAGGUCGCUGUCAGCCACUUUCCUUUAACAGACACUGCCCGAAAAGAUCCAUACAAGCCGGAUGAGGUCCGCCGGCUUAUGGUCAGCCUGUACAUGCCCGUACCCAAGGAGUCAUGCUCGAACGAAUGCCAAAACAGCUACAUGCCCCCUCAGACCGCUGCGAUUGCGAACGAGCAGUUCAUCGAAGGCGGGAAGCGUGAUGCAGGCAUAUUCGAAGAGAUGGCCUAUGGCGUUUGCUGUGGCAGUUCUACCGACAUCGAUGCAAGCAAAUUCCCAGUCAUAGUCCUGGAACCGCAUGUUGAUACGAGUAGACUACUCUACUCUACCAUGGCACGUUUCAUUAGCGCAAACGGUGUCGCCGUUGUUGUCAUCGACCAUCCUGGCGACGCUUCCAUUGUCCAGUUCUCUUCCUCCCGCACUCGCGACCUCCAGACUGUAUAUAACAGUGGUACUGUCCCUCUCUCGAACUUCUCCCCCAUCACAACCUGGAACACCACAGUCCAAACUGCUGUCGACACGCGCAUGGCCGACAUCGCGUUUACGCUCUCUCAGAUCAACAACGUCGCUCUUUUGCAACAGCAUUUCACAACUCAACGUUUUACGUCAGGAUUGAAGACAGCGACGUACGGUAUCAUUGGUCACGGCCUUGGUGGCACAGUAGCAACCUCACUCGGUCUCACCUCUUCUGCCGUAAAGUUCAGCAUAAAUCUUUCCGGUACACCACCCCUCUUAUCUUCAGAUGUUCGAAACGUUCCUCUUUUCUUCUUUGGUCGCGCCGACUUCCGCCGCGAGCACGACAUCCACUGGCCGACGACCUGGUCGCACCUAACUGGCCCAGCUACGGAGUUUGACCUCGACGACUCUGCCAUCUUCGAUGCGUCCGAUCUUCCCAUGAUUGUUGAGCUAGCUAGGACGGAAGGUGGAAAGAAGGGCACCAAAGCCCGCGGGCUGAGUGGGAACGCUCCAGCGGAGGGCGCGCGUGCGGUCACCUGUUUUCUGGAGAACAUUGUGAAGGAACAUUUCAAGCUGAAUGGACAGGGCAUGGAUCUGGGUGGCUGUGUUAGGAGGUUUGAGGGUGUGAAGCCAUAUCCUGGGUACAAGAAGGAAGAAUAG